AUGCACCUGGACGGGGCAUGGGCACAUUACCUGCGCAUGGAGGUCCACGGCAAUUUGAUCAGACGGCAAGAUUCAUCGCAAUCUGCAUGCACCCCCAAUAGAGCCGCCGCUCUCUCUCAACUCGAAUUCUCGGGUCCUGACUUCAACAAUUCAGAACGCCACACCGCGCCCCCCGGCACUAUGACCAAGAGACUGCUGCUCCAACAUAAAACGAGACGAGGCAGCGGAACAACGGACUGUCUCGUUCGGAUCGGGAACAUGACCGACCCACCCCGCGACAAAUCCCCAGAUUAA